CAAAGACUAAACCCGCCAUCUUUGUCUUGCAUGGCAUACACAAGUCUAGAAAGCAAGCACAAUGAGAAAACGCCAUUUCUUCGCGACAAUGCAUCGAUCAUUGUCAUUCACCUCUUUUUCCUCCUUUUCAUCAUUUUUCUCUCUCUUUAUAUUGCCAACUUUUCCUCACAUAUGCACCACAACUUCAAUACACUGUUUCUGUUUCAUUUGCUUAUUCCACGAAAAGAAGAAAAAAUGUCCAAAAUUUCUGAUUGCAAGGCCACCUUAGUGGAUGAGUGUCGUGGUGUCUUGCAUGUGUAUAGUGAUGGUUCCAUAGUACGCUCUUCACGCUCAAGCUUCAACGUUCAUGUCUCUGACGAUGGCACCGUUUUGUGGAAAGACGUUGUUUUUGACCCUGCCCAUGAUCUUCAACUUCGGCUCUAUAAGCCAGCCGACUCAUCCUGCUCCAAGCUUCCCGUUUUUUUCUACUUCCACGGUGGUGGUUUUUGCAUCGGCUCGCGUACUUGGCCUAACUGUCAAAACUACUGCUUCCGGCUCACUUCUCAGCUUCGAGCCGUUGUAGUUUCCCCGGAUUAUCGGCUUGCUCCCGAGAACCGGCUCCCUGAUGCGAUUGAGGAUGGCUUUGUGGCUGUUAAGUGGCUACAAGCCCAAGCUGUGAGUAAUGAACCGGAUCCCUGGUUGAGCGAUGUGGCUGAUUUUAGCCGCGUGUUCAUUUCGGGUGACUCUGCUGGUGGUAACAUGGCUCACCAUUUGGCGGCUCGGCUUGGAGUUGGGUCGCCAGAGUUGGCGCCAGUUCGGGUCAAGGGUUAUGUUCUAUUGGGGCCUUUCUUUGGUGGAAUUAUCCGUACCAAGUCCGAAGCUGAAGGACCUAAAGAUGCUUUUCUCAAUUUAGAACUUAUUGAUAGGUUUUGGAGGCUUUCUAUACCCGUUGGGGACAAUACUGAUCACCCAAUUGCUAAUCCGUUUGGACCAAUGAACAAGAGCCUUGAAGCAAUUGAUCUAGACCCAAUUCUAGUAGUGGCUGGAGGAAGCGAUUUGCUUAGAGACAGGGCAGAGGAUUACGCAAUGAGGCUUAAGAAGUGGGGUAAAGAUAUAGAGUAUGUAGAAUUUGAAGGACAACAACAUGGCUUCUUCACUAUUGAUCCCAACUCAGAACCAUCAAACAAGUUGAUGUUGAUCAUCAAACAAUUCAUAGAGAAGCAUUCCGGCAAAGUUUGAGAGCUUCAAAUGUUCCUGCAAGCUUGCAACAUGCAUGUUAUUAUGGUAUCUUCCCUGUUGGUCCCAAGUUUAGAACCAAUAAACAAGUUGUUGUUGAACAUCAAACAAUGAGGCAUGGGAAAAGUUUGAAGGACUUCAAACACAAUCGACUUGCAUGCUUACUGUAGUAGCUUUUAGUCUCAAAUUUCAACUCCUAAUGGGUUUUAGACACGCGUGAUGACAAGGGCCAAAAAUAACAUUCUAAGCCUUGCUAAAUUGCAAUCACAAAAUUUUCACCUUCAAAGCUAAUAUAUGCCGCAAUUUCUCUGAGCAUGCCGGUAGGUUCGACAUGGAUAAUUAGUUUUUCUGUUCUAUCCCUUCACAAUCAAUAAAUGAAAGUCAAA